UGUUAACAUAAAUGAUAAAAUCUUCGUAUAAACUUGAAUAUCAAAAGGUUAUCUAUCGCAUUGUGAAAUGCAAAAUGAAUCAAGAAAUAUCGAAUGUGUGAACGUCAUCAUCUGCAGAUCUAUUUACAAUUUAUAUUUAACAUUAAUAACAUUCCAUUUAAGAUUUCUUUGCAAAAAUAGAAAACAAAGAACAAAUUCAGUUCGGGUUUGGUUGUCAAUUUCCGUUAAAUCCUUUAUACAGUGAUGCAUUACAAAGUUAUUGUGUUUCUAAUUCUUGUAAAAACUUUACUGACAACGAUAGUGAACUGUGAAGAAACGUCAUAUAAAGACGGUGCCAAAGAUUUAAAUAAUAUGGUACAGGUACGCCAUAGAAGAUCGCCACACUUUAGCGACACGUUCAGAUUUAUGCCAGGGAUGACACCAUCACCAACAUCUUCGUCUCCUUUCCUAUUCCGGCCGCUUUCCCCUGUUGAUAAUCCGUUUUCCCCACCGUUUCGACCGAACAGACAUCGCUAUCGUCAACCUGGCCACCAUCAGGGCCAUGGAAAUUAUGGCAAAACCUUUUGGGAUGUUAUAACAACUACCACGGAAGAACCAAAAGGACACAUAACAGAUAAAGACCGUAUAAAUGCUGUCACUGAAGCCGACAAUAUAAGUUCAGAAACUACAAUGGGGGUUUACAUUUCAUCAGCGGAAAGAAACGCUAACAAUAGGAAUAUUUUUACAGAUUCCAACAAGAAAACUGACAUUAAAAAUGACGAUAGUACUGAAAUCAAAGUAGAUGUUCGUUUUCAACCAGAACAAUCAAAUUACCGAACUUUUAUUACCAAUACCACUGAUCAAGCUGAAAUUGCAUCAACCACAACCGAAGGAUUUAAGAGCACCUCUUCUGGAACGUCUCCGUCUUCUGAUGAUUUCGGUAACAGCACUGAGAAUGUUCCGGUUCCUGAUAAUGCUGGUAGACACAUCGUGAAGGUCCCGAGAAGAUGUCAUACAGACAAAAAUGGCAAUUGUAGAAAGAUGUGGUAAUAUUUGACGGAAAGGCACAUAUGUACGGAAAAGUACAGUAAUAUUAAACUGAUGAUGAAUCGAUUGUUUCUUAUAGCAAAUAUAAACUUAAUGCUAAGUG